AUGAAUUCUGAGAGAUUGAAAGAGAAUGUUUCAGUCACCAUCCGAUUCCGGCCUCUCAGUCCUAGGGAAAUACGACAAGGGGAGGAGAUUGCAUGGUAUGCUAAUGGAGAAACAAUUGUGCGGAAUGAGAAUACUCCCUCAAUAGCUUUUGCAUAUGAUCAAGUUUUUGGGCCUACAAUCACUACGCGUCAUGUAUACGAUAAUGCAGCCCAACAUGUUGUCAGUGGUGCUAUGGAAGGCAUUAAUGGAACUAUCUUUGCAUAUGGUGUGACAAGUAGUGGGAAAACUCACACUAUGCAUGGAAACCAGAGGUCCCCUGGAAUUAUCCCAUUGGCAAUAAAGGAUGCUUUUUGUAUCAUUCAAGAGACCCCAUCUCGUGAAUUUCUCCUCCGUCUCUCAUAUUUGGAAAUAUACAAUGAGGUUGUUAAUGAUUUGUUGAAUCCAGCAGGACACCAUCUAAGAAUAAGAGAGGACAAUCAGGGAACCUUUGUUGAAGGUGUAAAACAGGAAGUUGUAUUAUCUCCUGCCCAUGCCCUUUCCAUUAUUGCAGCAGGAGAAGAGCAAAGACAUGUUGCUUCCACAAAGUUAAAUCUGCACAGCAGCAGAAGUCACACAAUAUUUACACUGACAAUCGAGAGUAGCCCAUGUGGUGAAAAUAUUGAAGGCGAAGCUGUUAACUUGUCGCAACUGAACCUCAUAGAUCUAGCUGGCUCCGAGAGCUCUAAAGCUGAAACUACUGGUAUUCGUAGAAAAGAAGGGGCCUACAUAAAUAAAAGCCUCCUAACUCUUGGAACUGUUAUAUCAAAACUAUCAGAUGGGAGGGCUGCUCAUAUACCAUACAGAGACUCAAAAUUAACCAGACUUCUUCAAUCUUCUUUAAGUGGUCAUGGAAGGGUAUCUCUUAUUUGCACUGUUACUCCCUCUUCAAGCAAUUCAGAAGAGACACACAACACAUUAAAAUUUGCACAUCAUGCAAAACACAUUGAAAUUCAAGCAGCACAAAAUAAGAUCAAUGAUGAAAAAUCCCUUAUCAAGACAUAUCAAAAUCAAAUUCGAUCUUUAAAAGAGGAGUUACAUCGGUUGGAGCAUGAAGGAGAAGCUAAAGAUGCUUUGUUAAGCCAAAUACAAAGUCUCACAAGACUCAUCCUUGUCUCAACCAAAUCUCCACAUCAGACUGAUCCAGGGAGCAGAUAUUCCUUCAUGGAAGAGGAGCUUGCAUAUCUUCCAAAAAGAGGGCGCAACUUAAGUUUGGAUCAUGAAAACAUCCAGCUGCAUGUUACUCUUAAUGAAGGCUCACACAUAAAAGAUGACAAAAAGAUCAAGAAGCCACAGAAACGAGAUGGUUUGACUUUGACCAGUGGUAGUGAUAAAUCAAGUGGAGGCAUGUCUACAACAAGCAAUCCUACUCCUACACCUCCAGCAAAUACUCAUACUCUUGCUAUUGUUGAAUCCAGAAGGCUUUCUUACUCUUCUCCUUCAGAAUCUACAUCAGAGCCCUUGCAACAUGUUGAAGUACUCACAGAUAGUGAAGCAAUCCAAGAGCAACUAAACGAAAAGAACAUUGAAUGUAAAGGACUUGAAGAAACAAUCACAGCCUUGAAACAACUUCUUUCAGAAAAUACAACAAUUAAAGCACAGGCAGUUGAGAUUGAACAACUCAAAGAGAAAGUGGCCAAGAUUAGAGAGUCAAAAGAGCAAUUAGAAAUUGAAAACAAAAGGCUGAGAGAAGAGAGUGCAUACGCGAAUGAAUUAGCCUCUGCUGCUGCAAAUGAGCUUAAGAUGAUGUCUGAACAAGUCGUGAAGCUAAUGAAUCAAGGUGUUGUCUGAAUUAAGUCAGUGAGGUUGAUUGAUUGUGUUGUAAACAUUAACGGUGUGGUUUUCAAUGUUAAAAGGCUACAUGGGUGCACAUAUACUUGUUUGUUUGUAAACAAAAAAAGUGUGGUGAAUGGAAAGUGGAAACUACUCAUUGGUUUUUGAAUCAUCGUAUUUGG